UUCCACCAAAGAUCUCCAACAUCUCUUCAGACAUCACUGUGAACGAAGGGAGUAACGUGACCUUAGUGUGUAUGGCAAAUGGACGUCCUGAACCUGUCAUCACCUGGAGACAUCUCACUCCUACAGGCAGAGAAUUUGAAGGUGAGGAAGAGUUCCUGGAGAUAUUGGGGAUAACACGAGAGCAGUCGGGCAAAUACGAGUGCAAAGCUGCCAAUGAGGUCUCCACAGCAGAUGUCAAGCAAGUCCGAGUCACUGUGAACUACCCUCCAACUAUCACGGAAUCUAAGAGCAAUGAAUCUGCUACAGGACGACCCGUUACACUGAAGUGUGCAGCCUCCGCUGUGCCUACACCUGAUUUUGAGUGGUACAGAGACGAUACUAGGAUAAAUAAUGCCAAUGGACUGGAGAUCCGGAGCACAGGGAGCCAGUCUUUCCUGACAGUAGCCAACGUCACUGAAGAACAUUAUGGCAACUACACUUGCGUGGCGACCAACAAACUGGGAAUCACAAAUGCUAGCCUAUUUCUUUACAAGAAAAUAUUACCCACAAUCCCCAAUCCUUUUCCAGGACCUGGAACAGGGAUAGCGGGCAAUGGAUCAAAGUGUCUGGCCGUACCACUGUGGCUGUUGGCAGUCUCCCUGCUCUGCCUACUCAGCAAAUGUUAAUAACAUCCGAAUUUUAAAUAAAAAAGGAAAAAAAUUAAAAACCCAGCAACAACAAGAACAUCACACAAAGCAAAGCAAAACAAAACAAAACAAAAAUGUCAUGCAGGAGACAGAGCAAGAGAGAAAGGGGGAGGGAAAGGACAGCUUCUUUCACGAAUUUUUGUGUGUGCCGCAAUGAAGGGGGGAAAUUUUAAUGACGAAGAAUCAACAGCAUUUAUUAUAAGAAACUGUCAAGUCACUGACCAUCCAGGAGUAUGAGAGAUGAGACGGAUCACUCAAUGGAGGCUGGAUCUUGCCAAGGAUGCUGGACAAAAGAAAAUAACUUUUAUUCUUUCAAUACCCUCAUAUCAUUUCUUCUCCUCCCUCCGUCCUCCCUCUCUCUCUCCUCCCUCCCUGCCUCCCUCCCUCCCUUCCUUCCUAAAAAGAGAAGGCCCUUGUUUUGGUGUCAAUAGCCACUGUCUUUUGAUCGAUUUAUUCAUUUUUAAAGGGAUAUUUAGCUUUUUCAGAUAUCUGACAAACAGUGGUGCAGAUUUCUCUGGCAUACUGGUGUCCCAUGAAGAAACUCCAUGAGGUCCUGGCCUUGCUGCCUCCCAGCUUAGCUUGUCCCUUACAACCCUAUUCCACUCUUAGCUCAAAAUAAUUUGAGUAUGCUGAAACCUGCCAAUUUGAGUCACCUGCCGUCUUGUUCUUCCCAGUCCCUGCCCCAGUCCCAUCUCUCUCUCUCUCUCUCUCCCUCUCUUUCUCUCUCUCUUACAUGUGUGUCUCUGUGUGUGCAUCUCUCUCCCUCUCUCUCACUCACUCAAUCUCACUCUCAAAAGCAUGCAAAGGGACAACAAUCCCUGUGUACAUAAGCUCAUCAAAUUGUAGAUAAUAACUAUCAUUGUACAUGAGGUUGAAUGUUUACUUGGAUGUGAAUUCAGGGUGAUGAGGAGAAGAACAAUGAUUUCUCUAGCAGAAUUGCCUUGAAUUCUUCUUGGGAUCCCUGCUUUGAGGAUCCUGACUUCAUCCUUCUCCUGCUUCAAACCUAUUUCAUUUGAGUAAUGUUCAAGUGGUACAUUUAUCUUUUCCAUGUGACACCUCAGUUUGUCUUCAUCUGUACAGGACUGGUUACCUGUAGACAGGGCCAGAGAUAGCCAUGAGCCUCAUGGAGGCUGCUAAACACUAGGAAUAUUUGAUGGAAUAAGGGUUGGAAACAUAUGAGAUCUGAAAAUGAUUAGAGCAAUUACACCUCAAGGCCUGGGCAAUUGCUUACUAUAUGUAAUGUAACAAAAAAAAAAUCUUACCUACUGCUGGAUGUCUCUGGGAAAGGAAAUUGCAAGAGAUCUGCCAGUGUGUCUCAGCCAAGACCAAGCAGGCUCAGUUUCAAGGAAUAACAACAGGCCUGCUGUCAGAGGAAUGAGGGAACUAAAUGCUAAAUAGAAUACAAAAGGUUCCUCAGAGUAGCUUUAGUUCAGUUGUACAAGGCACAGUGAGGCCUUAGAAUUUUCUAAUGUUACUACAUCUCAUGGAUGUGGAUUGUGCCGCGGUUUAAACCGCUGAGCCACUGGAUUGUUGGCACUUCACAUCCAUGAGACAGUGUGCACCCCAGUUGCUUGCCCCACCUCCUGACAACCUAAUAGUUCAAAAGCAUGCAAAUGCAUAUAGAUGAAUAGGUACCACCUCAAUGGGAAGGUGUGUCUAAU